UUUGUCCAAAUGGAAAUGGGCUUUCCAUUUGAAACGGCGGCCGGAAAAGAAAAAGGAGCCUAUGAAUUUUUUGAAACGACAAACAGGAGAGUAACUAAAGCCACCAAAACAAGCAAAUGCCAGUGGCAAUAACAACACCUGGCUACCGCUACUGCCACAAGCUCAACCACCGUCUAUCCGCCUCACUUUCCUCCCUCUGCACUGCCAAAAACCCAAUGGUCACCACCGCCAGUAGCUCCAGCACCGCCUCCAACGCAGGCGCGUACACCACAAUCAAAGAAACAGUAACAUUCGAGAAAGAAAUAAAAAAGAGCAAAUUCAUCGCCAUCGCCGGCCCUAUCUCCAACGAACAAUCCGCUCACUCUUUCCUCAAUCAGGUUAAGGAUCCGCGCGCCACUCACAAUUGUUGGGCUUACAAGGUUGGGGAUCAGUACCGGUCGAAUGAUGACGGUGAACCUUCAGGAACAGCGGGGAAGCCGAUUCAUUCUGCCAUUGUUUCUUCAGGUUUAGACAGAGUAAUGGUGGUCGUUGUUAGGUAUUUUGGAGGAAUUAAAUUGGGAACGGGAGGACUUGUUAGGGCUUAUGGUGGAGUGGCUUCGGAAUGCUUGAGAAAUGCUCCGACUUGUCUUGUAAAAUCUAAAGUUCCGAUGGGUGUGGAGAUUCCUUUCGAUCUUUUGGGAGUUCUAUACCAUCAAGUACAAUCUUUUCAAGCUGAGGACAUCGAACAGGAUUAUGAUACUGGCAAAGAUGGGAUCACCAUGGUUUCCUUCAAAGUUGAUUUUGAUCAGGUUGAGAAAUUAGAAGAGGCUAUUAAAGCCAAUUGUAGCAGAGAACUUGUGUUUUAUAAGCACUGACACUGACUUUGCUAUUUACCGUACACACAGAGGUUGUCUACAAUUAUUCAAGCUUUGGACCAACAGAUGUAGGAUUGGUAUGUGCUGUAUAUCUCUUUUUCCUGUUUAGGAGCCGAUCCUAACUACAUAUUCUUAAAAUCUUGUUUGGGGAAAUACCUUGUGAAAUUAGUCAAAAGCUAGUACAAGAAACUACUAAAUUCUUUCCUGCCUAGAAGUAAAAGUUUGUUUUUGGGCUAUGCCUUGAUUAAUUUAUUGUGCAUAGUAUUCAGUUUGACAGUAAUAAUAGUAUCAUGGGAAUGUUUUACA